UUGAGUAGCUUUCUAUGAAGGUACCUUUUUACUUUUACUCAAGUAGGACAAUUGAGUACUUUUUCCAUCACUGGUAACCUGUACAGGAACAGCAAGCACAGCAUAGUCUGGCACAGUGACGACGAGGCCACGUUGGUCACCCAGCCCAUAAUCGCCUCCUUCAGCCUGGGAGAUAAGAGGGCGUUCAGCCUCCGCAAGCAGCCCCCACCUGUAUGACAGGGACCAGGACGUGGGAGGUGAGGAAGAGGGAUGGGAGCGACUGGGAGAUAUGAGGGCGUUCAGCCUCCGCAAGCAGCCCCCACCUGUAUGACAGGGACCAGGACGUGGGAGGUGAGGAAGAGGGAUGGGAGCGACUGGGAGAUAUGAGGGCGUUCAGCCUCCGCAAGCAGCCCCCACCUGUAUGACAGGGACCAGGACGUGGGAGGUGAGGAAGAGGGAUGGGAGCGACUGGGAGAUAUGAGGGCGUUCAGCCUCCGCAAGCAGCCCCCACCUGUAUGGCAGGGACCAAGAGGUGGGAGGAGGGAGACUACUCAUACAUGGAGAGACUGUGGAUCCCUAGGACUCAUGGCAUUCUGCUGAUGAUGGAAAGAGCCACACAGGAUGACAGGCAGCAUUCAAUGGCUAAAGAGUACCACGACCGAGGGCCUCGUAUCAACCUGACCUUCUGCACCAUGUACCCAGAGCCUGAGGGACAGAUACCAGGCACCGGACUACCAUCCCCAAACAACUGUCUGUCCCACACACACCUUCACACUUAACACUCUGGCUGGGACUGCCACGGGGAAAAAAUAUAUAAAGAAAUAUAAAUAAGAUAUUAAUAAUAAA